CCCCUCCCCCUUGCCCCCCUCCCUCUCUCCCACCCUCUCCAGAUCAGCCUCGCACUAACUGGCCAGCUUCGAGUGCAGGCGGCCAGCGCUGAAUCCAAGGCUCUCUGCCCAGGUGCAUUUGAUAUCACUUCAGGUUCUGGGGUUGCCUAAAAGGACUACGUACGUUCCAAGUUACUUCAGUUUUUUUCUUGGAUACGGAAGAUGGAAGAAUCACAGUGUUAACAAAGGCUGAAUUGGAGAAUCCAAGAAUGGACAGAGACUGAUUUCACUGAAAUAAUCUUUAAUCUUUAUCUCCAACAUCUCAGUAGCAGUUGCCUUGGUGCCAACAGCCAAUACAAAUUCUCAGUGCUAACUUUGUAUUGUUGGUGCCUUGGUGAAGAGCUCAGUUGGUCUCUUGUUAAGGUUCUCCCAACGCGUCCUUCCUGCUGAUUUCUCAGACAUCUCUUGGUGCAGAGAUGACUGAGCUCACAGGCAGGGUGUCUCCAGGCCCAUUGGGUGUUGUUGCAGCUUCCUGUGUAUCCAAGGUGGAGCUACGUGUUUCCUGUAAAGCUUUGCUGGACAGAGAUACUCUCAAUAAAUCUGACCCAUCUGUGGUACUUAUGAUGCAGUCUCAGGGACAUUGGGUGGAGGUUGACCGGACUGAAGUUAUAAAAAGUAACCUGCAUCCAGUCUUCUCCAAAGUUUUCAAUGUGGAUUAUUAUUUUGAGGAGGUUCAGAAGCUUCGGUUUGAAGUAUAUGAUAUUCAUGGCCACUGCAGUAUUGGUACUCGUGAUGACGACUUUCUGGGUGGUAUGGAGUGCACCCUAGGACAGAUUGUGGCUCAGAAGAAAAUGACAAAACCUUUGUUCUUAAGAUAUGGAAAAUAUGCUGGAAAGUCUACAAUUACAGUUAUUGCAGAAGAAAUAAGUGGAAACAAUGGCUAUGUUGAAUUGGCCUUCUGUGCCAAGAAACUGGAUGAUAAGGAUCUUUUCAGCAAAUCAGAUCCCUUCUUGGAGAUAUACAGGAUUAAUGAUGAUGAGUCUGAGCAACUUGUCUACAGGACAGAGGUUAUCAAGAACAACUUGAAUCCUGUGUGGGAGCCCUUUAAAGUUUCCUUGAGCUCACUCUGUAGUUGUGAUGAAAAGAGACAGCUAAAGUGUUUAGUCUGGGAUUAUGACACUCGUGGAAAACAUGAUUAUAUUGGAGAGUUUUAUACAACUUUUGAGCAAAUGCGGAAAGCAAUGGGAGAAAACAAGAUCCAUUGGGACUGUGUUAAUCCAAAAUAUAAGGCAAAAAAGAAGCACUAUAAGAACUCUGGAACUGUAAUACUGAAAGAUUGUAAGUUGCACAGGAUCUAUUCCUUUUUAGACUACAUAAUGGGCGGAUGUCAGAUUCACUUUACGGUAGCCAUUGACUUCACAGCUUCGAAUGGAGACCCACGAAACAGCUGUUCCUUGCAUUACAUCAAUCCCUACCAGCCCAAUGAGUAUCUGAAAGCACUAAUCUCUGUUGGUGAAAUCUGUCAAGACUACGACAGUGACAAGAAGUUUUCUGCCUUAGGAUUUGGAGCAAGAAUUCCUCCCAACUAUGUGGUUUCUCAUAAUUUUGCAAUUAAUUUCAAUUCGGAAAAUGACGAAUGUGAAGGAAUACAGGGAGUUGUUGAAUCAUAUCAGACCUGUCUACCCAAAAUUCAGCUCUAUGGUCCAACCAAUGUGUCACCUAUUAUAGGGAAAGUGGCUAAAGUGGCUGCUGAGGAGGAGAAGACAAAAGAAGCAUCUCAAUACUUUAUCCUGCUGAUUCUAACAGAUGGUGUUGUCACUGACAUGGCAGAUACAAGGGAAGCAAUAGUCCGAGCAUCAUACCUGCCAAUGUCCAUCAUCAUUGUUGGUGUUGGCAAUGCGGAUUUUACAGAUAUGCAGAUUCUGGAUGGUGAUGAUGGGGUUUUACGAUCUCCAAAGGGGGAACCUGUGUUACGAGAUAUUGUUCAGUUUGUCCCCUUCCGUGAAUUUAAAAAUGCCUCUCCGGCAGCUUUGGCUAAAUGUGUCUUAGCAGAAGUUCCAAAGCAAGUUGUGGAAUAUUACAGUUACAAGGCUAUUGCCCCAAAAUGCCCAACUCUGGACUCCCCUGAGUCAGCGUGCACAACACCCGAAUAA